CCCAGGACAGCAGCCCGCGAGACCGCAGGAGAAGCCUGAGCUCCUCUUCACGAUCACCCCCCACUCUCCCUGCACCCCCAGCGCUGCAGGAUGAGGCCCUGGCUGCUAUGGGGGCUGGCGGCUGCAUUGGUCUUUGUGGUGGUGGCUGACACCGAUCGGAGGGAUGCCCCGGUGACGCCUGGUGAAGUCAAGGAGGAGGGUCAACGUUCACAGCUGGGCCUCAGCAGCACGGAAAAACACAAACCCAGAAGGCCCUGUUCUGGCUGCUUUUCUAUUCUGAGACCGGAUUCAGAGGCCACGGUCCGAAAGAGGAGGACGCUCUAUGCAGCUGUAUCCACUAAUAGGACGAGCAGUCAUGGCCGCUUUACCCCUUUCAUUCAGAAGACUACUAAGCCCCUCAACACACAGCAGGAGGGGGAACUACAUAGACAGAGGAGGGGACUCGAUGAGAGUUGGAAACCCAAACCCACCAGAAAGCCAUUCAGGCCCGGCUCCACGCAUAUGUUCAGCUUGAAACCUGCCGAGUGCCUCCAGAAGCGCAACCUCCCGUUGAAAGUCAGGAGGGAGGUGACGAGGGCAAAGCCAACCGGUCUCGGAUCCCAUGUCCCCUGCUCCGGCUGCUACGGCCCCCUGAGCACCCCCAAGGACCAGCGCCAGAGGAGAGAUGUGCAGACGUCUCAGCGACCCAGACCCACGAGAAAACCCGAAUCCUCCGUGAGAGGCUCGGCAGAGACCUCUGCAGAGGGGCUGCUGAGCGCCAGGGCCAGGAAGGAGGACCGGUGGCCUGCAGCGGGGAAGCGCAAGGCCAAGGCGCGGGAGAAAGUGGCAAGCUACUGCGCUGGCUGCUACUCCAACCUCAUGCUGCGAAGCCCCCCGGCUGCCCCCGAUGAGAAGGAGGGCCAGGGGUCGAGCAAACAUUAAUCACUGCCCUUCCUGCCCUGCCACCGAGGCCUCUGGGUCUCCCACGGGGCAGCUAGGGAGCAGCCCAAACAGGAGCCUUCCCCUACCUGCUGAGCUUCGGAGCUCAGUUAAAAAGGAAACCAGAUUCCCUUCCAGACGUGCCCUGGUUUCCUGGCAUGAGAUGGAGCAGAAGCAAAUAUCUUUGUCUGAGUCCUGCCAGCCUCCCCCCUGCCUUGUUCCUCACCGCAGCAGGCAGGAGGGCACAGCCGUGCCGGGGCCCGGGGACCAGACUUGCUGCUGUCUGGUGCUCGAGGCUAAUCCUCCGCGCUUUGCAAAGCCACAUCAAUAAAAUCAGGUUGAGAA